GUUGUAACAAGGGGCAGAUAGUAACGUUACCCGUAGCAACCAACAGAAUAAUACAGGACUACGAUUUCGUGUAUCAACUAUCAACCUGAAUUCUUCAGAUCUUCAGUAGCUCUCGAAGUGCGGAGGUGUUAGAACGUCGCGUUUUCAACCGAUACGUAAAAUACGUUUAUUUAAUUGCCAAAGUAACUUUUUAAGAUUUAUUAGCUAGCAGAAGUUCAACAUUCCCUUAAAAAGAUGGUUCUGUCUAUGGAAAGAUGGGUCAAUAAAGUAGCAAUAGUCACAGGAGCUAGUGCUGGUAUAGGGGCUGCAAUUGCAAAACAAUUGGUAGAAGAAGGAAUUGUGGUAGUUGGAGCUGCUAGAAGAGUUGAACUGAUAGAAGAAUUAGCUAAGACUUUAGGUGAUAAAAAAGGUAAACUGCAUGGUUACAAAGUUGAUCUCUCCAAAGAGCAAGAAAUUAGAGAACUUUUUAAAUGGACUACUGAAAAUUUAGGGCCCGUACAUAUUCUUAUUAACAAUGCAGCUAUACAUGUCAGGAAUGACUUCAUCGAUGAAGAUAUAGAUGCCUGGAAAUUAACUUUGGAUGUAAAUGUACUAGGAUUAUCCAUAGCUACAACCUUAGCAAUAAAAAUUAUGAAAGAACAGAAAAUUGACGGUCACAUUAUUCAUAUUAACAGUAUUACUGGGCAUUAUGUACCUCAGUUAUCCUUUCAUAAUAUGUACCCUGCAUCUAAACAUGCUGUAACAGCUUUAACUGAAACAUUUAGACAGGAUAUAAACAAAUUAAAUUUGAAAAUCAAAGUGACGAGUAUUAGUCCAGGAGCAGUAGAUACUCCCAUUUUUGAUGAAAAAAUCCGUCAAAAUCCAGAUUUUCAAAACCUAAUAGGCCAAAGAAUGUUAAAGCCUGAAGACAUAGCUGAUGGAGUGGUUUAUGUGUUAUCUACACCGCCUCAUGUACAGGUUCAUGAAUUGACCAUUAAACCUGUAAAUGAGAAAUUUUAAUUAAUUUUCGUUUUAUAUGGAACUUC